AUGUAUCGAUUUGCCAAAAGUAAUUCUGAAAUUAAUGUUAAAAAUAUGAUAAAAUUGUUUCCUAUAUUCAGUAAAAUGAGCUUUACAUCCAUGCUAUUAACAAACAACAUUGCACUAGAGAACACCCUAUUCAAGAUCUUUACAACACUACUGUGCAAGCGUCUUAGAGAUAUCAUCAAUGAGAAACUCCCCGAUUCACAGUUUGGUUUCAGAUCGAACCGAAUGGGAAAGCUUCAUGCAAUUCUCAUAGACUACACUGAAGUGUUCGACAUAAUCAACAGAUCCAUUCUAAUGAAGAAACUGGAAACCACUUUAGGUCCUAGACAUCACCUGUUGCAAAUCAUUAGAGAUCUUCUCACUAACAACAGGGUGCAAAUACAUGAUGGUACUGAUAAGUCCAGCCUGAUACAACAAACAGUUGGAGUGUUGCAAUGUGACCCACUGAGCCCCUUACUCUUCAUCUUAGCUAUGGCAGACAACAUUGAGACAAUAAAACCUGACACUGUAAAUCUACUCACGUAUGCAGAUGACAUGGCAUUACCCUCAGUUUCUGAGGAUGAUCUGCAGAAAACUUUCAACCAGUUAGUCUACUGGGCACAAGAAACGACCUAUCCUUGA